AUGUUUGGUCUAAUGGUGGUUUGUGGACGUCUUUACGAUAUGUGGAAUAAGAAGCCGUUCUAUUUUGGGACUGAAAAAGCAAAGCUCAGAGAAGAAGAAUUGAACGAGACGUUGAAUCGUGCUAGAGAGCAGGCAGAACGUGGAGUUGUUGAUGAAGAAACUGUGAGAACUUUAGAAGAAUUUUUAUCUCUCGAAGGAUGUGGAUGGUCCGCAAAACGCAUACAAGAAGCACUGGAGUUAUUACGACAAGCUAGUUUGGGUCAAGGUGGCAAAGAUGCACAACCAUCUCCGUUUUCAUUCUCAGUAAUUCAAAAAGAACACCAACACCACCGUCUCCCACGACCACCCCCAUACAACAGCUACUGCAUCCUACAAAGUUGCGUCCGUGUCUUCGAAUGA